AUGGAGUUUGGGUUGGAGGAUAGAGGCCAGGAAAUCAAGACUUUGGUUUUGAAUGAAGAAAUGAAACGAUUGCAGAACCCGUUAGAACAAGUUAAUGAUGGAAAAUAUUUACUUGAAAAUCACCAACUGGCCAUGGAUAUGGAGAAUAACAUUGAGAAAUAUCACCUCAAUCUACAGCCCCUGGAAUCAAAGGUGAAAAUCAUUCAGCGGGCCUGGCGGGAGUACCUGCAGCGGCAGGAUCCCCUGGAGAAGAGGAGCCCAUCCCCACCCUCUGUGUCCUCAGAGAAGCUGAGCAGCUCCGUCAGCAUGAACACCUUCUCAGACAGCAGCACCCCCUCCCAUGAAAGCAAAGUGUCUCUGCUCCGCCUUGAUCAGUCUACCAGACCCACUGGGUUCAUACAUACUCUCAGGGAGUUCCAAAUAGGAAGGCUUGAUUUUAACUACUCUCUGAUGAGUAGACCUGAAGUUUAUGGAGGGGAUAAGGAUGAUCCCUGGCCCACCUGGGCUAAGGCUGUCAUAAAGAGAGGAGUUUUCCCUAAUAACCAAUGA